AACUCGUCCUCUUCCUUGCUAGCUUCGCUUAUAAGCGCACAAGGGGUAGAUCUUGGAUCUGAGAGCAUUUCGUUUCACUCCAUGCCCUAUAAAAAUGAGCUCCUUUUAGAUUCUAUUAAUUCAAAUAUUCUCUCGUGCUCUCCUACACAUCAUCUAACUUUGUUGUUUCCAUUUCGCCGCAACUCACUGUCUUCUUCUCGGAUCUGAUCGCCCUAAGGGAACAAAGAGGAGAUGGAGAAGUCCUGUACUCUGCUCAUUCACUUUGACAAAGGAACGCCAGCCAUUGCCAAUGAGAUUAAGGAAGCUCUUGAAGGCAAUGAUGUGCCAGCAAAGGUAGAUGCCAUGAAGAAGGCAAUCAGUCUUUUGCUUAAUGGUGAAACACUUCCUCAACUUUUCAUUACAAUUGUUAGAUAUGUUUUGCCAUCUGAAGACCACACAAUCCAGAAACUUUUGCUUCUAUAUUUGGAGAUUAUUGACAAAACUGAUGCAAAGGGUCGUGUGUUGCCUGAAAUGAUUUUGAUAUGCCAAAACUUGAGAAACAACCUUCAGCACCCAAAUGAAUACAUUCGUGGGGUGACAUUAAGGUUUCUGUGCCGGCUAAAUGAGACAGAAAUAAUUGAGCCAUUAAUCCCUUCAGUUCUGCAAAAUCUGGAGCACCGGCAUCCCUUUAUUAGAAGGAAUGCUAUAUCAGCUGUGAUGGCUAUAUAUAAGCUUCCCCAGGGUGAGCAACUUUUGGUUGAUGCUCCUGAAAUGAUAGAGAAGGUUCUUUCGACAGAGCAGGAUCAAUCUGCAAAGAGGAAUGCGUUUCUUAUGCUUUUUACAUGCGCACAGGAUCGAGCUGUUAAUUAUCUUUUGACUCAUGUUGAUAGGGUUUCUGAAUGGGGUGAAUUGCUUCAGAUGGUUGUGCUGGAGUUGAUUCGGAAGGUGUGCAGAACAAAUAGGGGAGAGAAGGGCAAAUACAUCAAGAUCAUUAUAUCUUUGUUAAAUGCCCCUUCCACUGCAGUUAUUUAUGAAUGUGCUGGGACACUUGUUUCUCUGUCAUCCGCACCUACUGCCAUUAGAGCUGCUGCCAACACCUAUUGUCAGCUUCUUCUGUCUCAGAGCGAUAACAACGUAAAGCUUAUUGUCCUUGAUCGACUCAGUGAACUCAAGUCUUCUCACAGGGAUAUCAUGGUUGACCUUAUUAUGGAUGUGCUUAGGGCUCUGUCCAGCCCGAAUCUUGACAUUCGCAGGAAGACACUUGAUAUUGUCCUUGAGUUGAUUACAACUCGGAACAUCAAUGAGGUUGUUCUUAUGUUGAAGAAGGAAGUUGUUAAGACUCAGAGUGGAGAGCUUGAGAAGAAUGGGGAGUAUAGACAAAUGCUUAUUCAAGCUAUUCAUUCUUGUGCUAUUAAAUUCCCAGAAGUUGCAAGCACUGUGGUUCAUCUGUUGAUGGAUUUCCUUGGAGAUAGCAACAUUGCCUCAGCUAUUGAUGUGAUUGUGUUUGUUCGUGAGAUAAUUGAAACCAAUCCUAAACUAAGGGUUUCUAUAAUUACUAGACUAUUGGAUACUUUCUACCAAAUACGAGCUGCAAGGGUCUGUUCUGGUGCUCUUUGGAUCAUUGGAGAGUAUUGCCUGUCUCUUUCUGAAGUUGAAAGUGGGCUAGCUACCAUUAAGCAGUGUCUUGGAGAGUUGCCGUUUUAUUCAAUAUCAGAAGAAGGUGAAGCCCCUGAUGCUUCAAACAAGCCUCAGCAAGCAAAUUCCAUUACUGUUUCUUCCCGAAGACCUGCUAUUCUUGCUGAUGGGACUUAUGCAACACAGAGUGCUGCCUCUGAAACUGCAUUUUCUCCUCCCACCAUUGUUCAAGGGACAUUGGCUUCUGGGAAUUUGAGAUCCCUUCUUCUCACUGGUGAUUUUUACCUUGGAGCAGUUGUGGCUUGCACUCUGACAAAGCUUGUCCUGAGAUUGGAAGAAGUCCAGCCUUCUAAAGUUGAGGUGAACAAGGCAUCCACACAGGCAUUGUUAAUCAUGGUUUCCAUGAUACAAUUAGGGCAAUCUCCAGUUUUGCCACACCCAAUUGAUAGUGAUUCUUAUGAUAGGAUUCUUCUCUGCAUAAGAUUACUGUGCAAUCCUGGUGAUGACAUCAGAAAGAUUUGGCUGCAAUCUUGCCGUCAGAGUUUUGUAAAAAUGCUGUCGGAGAAACAGCUGAGGGAGACUGAGGAAUUAAAGGCAAAAGCUCAAGUUUCCCAUGCACAACCAGAUGACCUUAUUGAUUUCUACCAUUUGAAGAGUAGGAAGGGUAUGAGUCAGCUGGAGUUGGAAGAUGAAGUUCAAGAUGAUUUGAAACGUGCAACUGGGGAGUUUAUCAAGGAUGGAGAUGAUGCAAAUAAGCUUAACCGCAUCCUUCAGCUCACUGGUUUUAGUGACCCUGUGUAUGCUGAGGCCUAUGUCACAGUUCAUCACUAUGAUAUUGUACUUGAUGUUACAGUUAUCAAUCGGACAAAAGAAACUCUUCAGAAUCUGUGCUUGGAGUUGGCAACUAUGGGUGAUCUUAAACUUGUUGAACGUCCGCAGAAUUAUACACUUGCUCCUGAAUCUAGCAAGCAAAUAAAGGCCAAUAUCAAGGUGUCCUCAACUGAAACUGGUGUGAUUUUUGGGAACAUUGUUUAUGAGACAUCAAAUGUGCUAGAGCGGACAGUUGUCGUGCUUAAUGACAUCCACAUCGAUAUUAUGGACUAUAUUUCCCCUGCAGUUUGUACAGAUGCAGCUUUUAGAAUGAUGUGGGCUGAGUUUGAAUGGGAAAACAAGGUUGCUGUUAAUACUAUAAUUCAGGAUGAGAAGGAAUUCCUUGACCAUAUUAUUAAGUCAACCAACAUGAAGUGUCUCACUGCUCCGUCUGCACUGGAUGGUGAAUGUGGAUUUCUAGCUGCUAACUUGUAUGCUAAGAGUGUCUUUGGUGAGGAUGCUUUGGUAAAUGUAAGCAUUGAGAAACAGACGGAUGGGAAGCUUAGUGGAUACAUCAGAAUAAGGAGCAAGACCCAGGGUAUUGCCCUCAGUCUUGGGGAUAAGAUCACUCUCAAGCAGAAGGGAAGCAGUUAAAUGUCAAAAAUCAAGAGUAUCAUUUCCAAUCACACUGGUGUUCAGCUUUGGAGCUGAAAGAUCGCUACUGGCAGUUUUGUUGUUCACUUUGUACGUAGAAAGAGCACUGCUAUUACGCGGUGGCGUUGUUGUAUUUGGAGCCAUAUUUCUAGAGUUAAAGAUUGCCGAACAGUGGCUAAAUUGGAGCUUUUUUCUUUUUUCAGUUGUUAAAACAGAAUUUUUCGCUUGAAAUUCUUUUUCUUAUAGCAUCAAAUUGUAAGGCAUCUAUUUAGUUGAGUAUGUUAUUACUUGAGAAGAAACUAUUGAUUUUGAUCAUUUAACUUUGUAUAUGGGCGAGCCCUUUCCUUUUGCAUGCCUCCUACCUCCAGCUUGAUGUGUAUUGUUAAGUAAAUUGUGGGCUUCUUGAAGUCUCUAAACACAAUAAUAAGACUUCACUUUUCAAGUCA